AUGGUGGACGCCGGCGGCCGCGCGGCCGCUGAAGGCUGGCGGAGGAUGGAGGCGCCGCCGGAGGGCGCCGACCUAGUGCCGCUGGACCGCUACGACGCGGCACGGGCCAAGAUCGCCGCCAACCUGCAGUGGAUCUGCGCGAAGGCCUACGGCCUAGACAACAUCCCUGAGGAUCUCAGAGACCCUUUUUACAUCGACCAGUAUGAACAGGAGCACAUUAAGCCACCCGUUAUCAAGCUUCUCCUGUCCAGUGAGCUGUAUUGCCGUGUUUGCAGCCUCAUCCUGAAAGGGGACCAGGUGGCCACCUUACAAGGGCAUCAGUCUGUCAUCCAGGCCCUGUCUCGGAAAGGCAUCUAUGUGAUGGAGAGCGAUGACACCCCUGUGACUGAUGCUGACCUCGGCCAAGCGCCCAUUAAGAUGAGUGCCCACAUGGCAAUGGUGGAUGCCCUGAUGAUGGCUUACACUGUGGAGAUGAUCAGCAUUGAGAAGGUGGUGGCCAGCGUCAAACGCUUCUCCACAUUCAGUGCCUCCAAAGAACUUCCCUAUGACCUCGAGGAUGCCAUGGUGUUUUGGAUCAACAAGGUAAACCUUAAAAUGAGAGAGAUAACAGAGAAAGAAGUUAAAUUAAAACAACAGUUACUGGAAAGUCCAGCUCAGCAAAAGUCUCCCUCCAAGUGGUAUUGGAAGUUAGUGCCCGUCCGCUAUCGGCGAGAGCAGCUUUCCUCUAGGCAGUCACCCUACUUCCCGUUGUUGGAGGACUUGAUGAGAGACGGCAGUGAUGGCGCUGCUCUCUUAGCGGUGGUUCACUAUUAUUGCCCAGAGCAGAUGAAACUGGAUGAUAUAUGCCUGAAGGAGGUGCCGUCAAUGGCAGACAGCCUGUAUAACAUCCGGCUUCUGCGGGAGUUCUCCAACGAGCAUCUGAACAAGUGCUUCUUUCUCACCCUGGAGGACAUGCUCUAUGCCCCCCUGGUGUUAAAGCCGAAUGUUAUGGUUUUUAUCGCUGAGCUCUUCUGGUGGUUUGAGAAUGUCAAACCAGAUUUCGUUCAGCCCCGGGAUGUUCAGGAGCUGAAGGAUGCCAAAACAGUGUUACAGCAGAAGAGCUGCCGGCCUCCUGUUCCCAUCUCCAAUGCCACCAAGCGCAGCUUCCUGGGUAGCCCCGCUGCUAUGAGCCCUGCCGACGCACCACCACCCACCCAGCUGCUGGCUGAAGGUGGGCACCGGUACCACCUCCACUCAGAAGAGCCCGAAUAUCUUGGGAAAGGAACUUCCACCUUUAGCCCAUCCCAUCCUUUGUUGCCGCUGAGGCAGAAACAGCAAAAAGCGGCACAGGCAGAGGAGACCCCCGAUCAGAGACAUCGAUCUAAUUCUUUAACCCGAAUGGAUGGUCAGCCACGAGGUGCAGCAAUAGCGUGGUCAGAUAAAAAAAGCAGGCCUAUGUCCCAGCCAACACCCUUUGCUCUCCAUCAUGCUGCAAGUGAUGUGGACCCUGGCUCUGGUGAUAGUGUCAGUUUGGCCCGCUCCAUCAGCAAAGACAGCUUGGCGUCCAACAUUGUCCACCUGACCCCACAGAACCAGCCCCACCCCAUAGCCGGAAAGACCAAUGGGAAAAGCCUCCUAAGCAAUGUCAACAUUGAAGAUGAGGAGGAAGAGCUUGUAGCCAUCAUCAGAACAGAUGUAUCUCCCCGCUCUAGUGACCCAGAGGUCCUUAGGGCCUCUCCUCGAGCCCCAGGUAUGCUGGCAAAUGUGAGGUCUCCCCAGAGACAGGUGGAUGCCUUAGAGAAGAAGCCUGACAGCUUUUAUUUGGAGCCCCUGAUGCCAGCAGUACUUCGGCCAGCCAAAGAGAAGCAGAUUAUUACUAAGGAGGAUGAGCGUGGCGAAGGGAGACCAAGGUGCAUCAUAUCCAAGAGGCCCAGCGAGGUCCCCCAGCCUCUCAUACGGAAGAAGGUGACUGGCAGCCAUGGCAAUCGGGACUUGAACAGGACUUUCACCCCAAUUCCUAGUUCAGAAUUUACUGCAAGCAUUGACCCUGCAGAGAUGGGAUCGCUGUCAGCAGAAGCUAUGGGGGAAGUGCCAGAGACCCCUCUGGCUGUGGGCAGGUUCGAUCCGUUACCUCAGGGGCAGGCUGCUGAUGGCUUCUUCCUUCACAUGGGCAGGGCUGAUGAAGAUGCUGAGGGGAGGUGGUAUGUCAGCUCACAGAGCCCCAGCUCCCACGACUCAGAGCCCUGGACCAUCCUGAGGCAGGACUCUGACUCUGAUGUGGUGGAUGUUGAGGAUGUGGAACAGGAUUUUGUUGGUGAAGACCAUUCUGUGGUUAUCCACCCCCAGUAUGCUGGUGAAGAAGAAUCGGCCAAACUUCAAGAAGAUAUGAAGGUGAAGGAGCACGAGGACAAGGAUGAUGCCAGUGGCCGCUCAAGCCCGUGUCUGAGCACAGCCUCUCAGCUCAGCAGCAUGUCCAUGGCAAGUGGAAGUGUGAAGAUGACCAGUUUUGCGGAAAGGAAGCUCCAGAGGCUCAACAGCUGUGAGACCAAGUCCAGCACCAGCAGCUCUCAGAAGACCACCCCGGAUGCAUCUGAGAGCUGCCCAGCCCCUCUGACCACUUGGCGGCAGAAGAGAGAGCAGAGCCCUGGCAGGUAUAGCAAGGACCCCGCCAGCCUGCUAGCGUCCGAGUUGGUGCAGCUGCACAUGCAGCUGGAGGAAAAGCGCCGAGCCAUCGAGGCUCAGAAAAAGAAGAUGGAGGCACUGUCUGCACGGCAGCGUCUGAAGCUGGGCAAGGCCGCCUUUCUGCACGUGGUGAAGAAGGGUAAGGCUGAUGGCCCCCCACAGCCACUGAGGCCAGAACACUUGACGAAGGAGUACACACAGCACAACGGGGAGGAGUUGGAUGAAGGAGUUUGUAAAACUGAAGGCUUUCUUGUCAAGGAAGAGCAGAGAGAGCUCAGUGAGUCUCAAGAUGUGGCAUUUGUCCAGUCACAUAAGCUCAGGGACCCGGCUGCUCUGCAUGAUGGGGAGAAGCACAGGGUGAUCUCCGCAGCUCUCUUGGAGGAUAGCAUUGGCGAGGUGGACAUGAACGAGUGUGACCUGUCCAUUGAGAAGCUGAAUGAGACCAUCAGCACCCUGCAGCAAGCUAUCCUGAAGAUUUCCCAGCAGCAGGAGCAGCUUCUCAUGAAGUCCCCAACAGUGCCAACGCCAGGCGCUAAAAAUAACUGCCAGGACCAAAAGGUAAAGGCCCCCGUCCACUUUGUUGAGCCGAUCUCUCCAACUGGGGUGUCUGGACACCGUAAACCCCUGCGGCUUGGUCAGGGCCGCAGCUCCCGUCCAGGAAGACCAGCUGAGCUGAAGGUUCCAAAAGAGAGGCAGCAGGUCUGCUCACGGAGCAAAACCCCAACACCCAGUACCGAGACCCUCCCACAUCCACGGUCUUUGACCGCAAACACCCACCCACGGACACCUUCUGACCCAGGAGGUGAACCCCCCGAGAAAUGUCUCUUUGACAGUUUCAGGCUCCACGAUGAGAGCAACCAGCGGACAUUGGUUCUGUCCUCCAAAGAUGCAAAUGUUGUAUCAGAGCAGAUGAGCUUCAAAGAGGGUCUGGACACCAGUGUCCAAGAGUCCGUCACAGGCCAAGAGCACAUCUCAGUGGAAGAGCCGCUGAGGAUCAAGGCCAGCCUCAUUGAGGUAGACCUUUCCGACCUGAAGGCCCCUGAGGAGGAUGGAGAGGUAGCUGGUCAUGACAACUCAGCAGAACUUGGUGGCGAUGGAGACCAGAAGUCUGGAGUUGGUUUCUUCUUCAAGGAUGAACAGAAGGCAGAAGAUGAGCUUGCCAAGAGGAGAGCGGCCUUCCUUCUGAAGCAGCAGCGCAAGGCUGAGGAGGCCCGCGCUCGCAAGCAGCAGCUCGAGGCCGAAGUGGAGCUCAAGCGUGAUGAAGCCAGGCGUAAAGCUGAAGAAGACCGCGUGCGGAAGGAGGAGGAGAAGGCACGGCGAGAGCUCAUCAAGCAGGAGUACCUGCGAAGGAAGCAGCAGCAGAUCUUAGAGGAGCAAGGACUUGGCAAGCCUAAAUCAAAGCCGAAAAAGCCCCGGCCAAAGUCAGUGCAUCGGGAAGAAUCGUGCAGUGACUCUGGAACCAAGUGCUCCUCCACUCCUGAUAAUUUGAGCCGGACUCAUUCUGGCUCCAGCCUGUCCUUGGCUUCUGCAGCAACAACCGAACCCGAGAGCGUUCAUUCAGGGGGCACACCUUCUCACCGCGUUGAGUCGUUGGAAGCCUUACCCAUCCUCAGCCGCAACCCAAGCAGGAGCACAGACAGAGACUGGGAAACGGCAUCAGCAGCUUCCUCUUUGGCCUCUGUGGCUGAGUACACAGGUCCUAAGCUCUUUAAGGAGCCCAGUAGUAAAUCUAACAAACCAAUUAUUCACAAUGCCAUCUCCCACUGCUGCCUGGCUGGGAAAGUAAAUGAACCUCACAAGAACUCAAUAUUGGAGGAGUUGGAGAAGUGUGAUGCCAACCACUACAUCAUUCUGUUUCGUGAUGCUGGCUGCCAGUUCAGGGCACUUUACUGCUACUAUCCUGAUACUGAGGAAAUCUACAAACUCACUGGCACAGGGCCAAAGAGUAUCACCAAGAAGAUGAUUGACAAAUUGUACAAAUACAGCUCGGACCGAAAGCAGUUUAACCUGAUCCCAGCCAAGACCAUGUCGGUCAGUGUGGACGCACUGACGAUCCAUAACCACUUGUGGCAGCCCAAGCGGCCCGCAGUGCCAAAGAAGACCCAGACCCGCAAGUGACCCAUGGCAGCCAGAACUCAGAGGAGGUGCUGGCGGGAUCCUAUUUAUUAUUUUCAUCCAUUUGGGUACGAAGUAUGUAGAGCCACAGACCUUUUCUCCUGCGGCUUCUAGAGAACAAAAGAAGAUCCCUCCUACCUCCCCCCCACCCCCGGCCCAGGAUGCUGGGCAGGCAAGAACGGAGGAGUGAACAUGUGGUUUCAGGGGGAUAGCUGCGGUGGGCCCAGCUGACUGCCAAGGCCCUCAGAGCAGGGGACGUGACAGAGCAAGGUCCUGGGCUGUGUCCCCUCACUUGGAGCUCUUCGGGAUGAGUUAAAUGUGAUCUCUCUGCCCUCCCCCCCUUUGCACAUUGCCUGACACCCUGUGUUGGCCAGCUGUAAUCACAUGAUUAUAGGGCCGAGUCUUGCUCUCGGGCCAGGGUGUUUGAAUGUCUUCAUAAAAAGAGUUCAUAUGGGAAAUCUUUUUCAUUUGAGAAAUUGUAUGAUAUUUAUUGACUGUGUCUACUGCCAACCUUUAUAUCCAGUUCUAAGAUUUCUGAAAAAAAAAAAAAAAUCCUGUUCCUUGCUGCUCAGAAAAAGUUUACUGAAAAUGCCAGUUCACUGAAAGCACUGAAAUCAGCAAAGUCUGUCUUCUGCUAAAGUGACGUUUACACAUUUGGAGAUAUUGUUGCUGCCACGCGGUGGGGAGGGUGGCGGGGUGCUGCUGGCUACUGCCGGCUGUGUGGGAUGCAGGUGCCAAGCCAGCCUCAGCCACCGCUUGUUGGGAGGGUGCUGAUGACUUGUUCACUUAAUAAAGGCAGAUUUUGGUACAGUA